AUGCCUGCCCCGCCCCCACCACCCAUCCCCAUCCUCAACACCUACACCUCCCUCCUCCGGACCCUCACCUCCUUCCUCACCGUCGCAAUCCACACUCUCCUCUACGAACGCGCCCUCUACCCCCCAACCUCCUUCAUCUCCGCGCGCGCCUACAACUACCCCGUCCGCCAGUCUCGGCACCCCAAAGUCUGCGAAUGGGUCAGCGACGUCGUGGCAGCCGUGGAGAAGGAGAUGGCAGAGGGGCGCGUGGAUAAGAUCUCUUUCGUCGUGUAUGACGUCGCUGAUAGGAGGCAGGCGGUGGUUCAGGAGCGGUGGGUGUUUGAUGUUGGGGCUUGGCCGGUUGUGGCGAUGACGGAUCGGUUUGUGCAGUUUGAGGAGCCGGUGAGGGGAAAGGGGAAGGGUGUGGAGAUGCCUGUGAGGGAGGAAGAGGGGGAUAGGGAAAAAGAGGGGGGGGAGGAGGUGAAGAUCCAUAUUGUGGAUAUUGAGGAGCAGCUGCGGGCUACGAUACGCAGGCUCGCAUAUACGGCUGAGAAAAUGCCUCCGCUACCUGAGGGGUGUACGUACACCGUCAUCGUGGAGCUGCGCGACGAUGCCACGCCGCCUAUUGGGCAUCCCCAGCCCUGGGUUCCCUCUCCUCCCGCACUUCAGAAAACAGUAGACAAGGAAACAGACACCACCACCGAGGGACCAGCUAUUCGAGGCCCACGUGCAACGCCCAUCCGAUCCGUCGACUCAGGGGCCUUCGUGCUCGAGACGUGGGUUGAGCAGGCUGCGCCUCCGCCGGAAGAUAAGAAGGAGGGGAAGAAAGCAGCGUCUGAUUUAAAACAUCCGCGCGGCCCGGCUAUGAGGAUGUGAUUGCCUACUGUACUGGGAAGACAUGUGGCUGUGCUGCUUCGCUGCCAUACUCGAGGCGGGUAUCACUGUAUGCGCCAGUCAUCUCGGGGCAGAGGGAGUACAGACUGUCACAACACGCAUCUGCAAGAUGACCACAGACAAGGCGUCCACCACCGCUUUACACCCAGUCUCCAAGCCAGGACUGCAUUACAUGCACUGGAGAGACCAAGCAGUGGCUAUGUCUGUAUUUGUGAAAGGGAAGUGGAGAACAAGAAGUGUUUAGUUUACAGUUUAUGUAUCUAAGGUCUAUAGAAGCCUACCAUCUCUGUGGAUCGAGGGAGGUGGGAAAGAAAGAUGGAGGCCGUGGUUGUUGUGCCGUAGUUACAAUUAUAGAAUAUAUAUAGUAGGAACGCGGCCCUUAAUCGGAAGGGCAGUGUUCAGUCUUCGUUUCAAUAGAGAGCUUGACCAC